CGUCGAUCGUCGUAACUACGAACAGUACGAACUCAUAAGUGGUUCUCACGGAAACUACACGGACGCGCUACGCCGUUUGACAACGUUAGCRAUAUCGUCCCGAAUCUUUCUUUGAAAAAUCGACACUUCUCCGUACUGCUGGUGCCUGAUUUCACGCAUCCCGUGACCGCUGUCACCGUCCAACGACGGUGCAGAUAACACGAGACAMGACCAGGAUUCGGUUUAGUUUUCAAAACACUAUGAUGCAGGCGGACAAGUAUGAAUUUUGAUGCCGAAACCUCGCAGCCAACAUGGAAAUUAUGGGGUGAAGAAARAGAAGAAGGGGCUGUCUACACAAUUUAUUUAAAAAAAGUCCGGUAUCAAAAUCCUACAAAAACACUACUGUUGGAAUCUGAUGAUGAACGAUCACAUUUAGAAUGGGAGACGAUUAGAGUAAAGUUCAUUAAAGCUGGAACAAUUGAAAAAUUGGUUAAUAGUUUAGCAUCAGAUGAUGGUGAAUUAGAAUCUACAUUUGUGAAUAUAUUUCUUGCCACCUAUAGAACUUUUGCAUCACCUCAUCAUGUUUUGUCAUUAUUAAUUGAAAGGUAUGAAUAUUUAGUAAAUAACAAAGAAGCCUUAUCAGAAUCAAUGAUCGAACCACAUAAAAAGACUGUUGUAUCUGCAUUACAUGUUUGGUUGGAUUCAUAUCCUGAAGACUUUCGUGAUCCACCUUUACACACUUGUUUACGAUGUUUACAUUCCUUUACUUUUACAUAUUUGCCAAAAACUGAACUUCACAUAAAAGCAACAUAUAGACUUGAACGAUUCCUUAAAGAAUGUAAACAAUUAGACACUACUACAUUUAUUAGUGAUGAUUUUGACUUAGUUAUUGCAAACUCUCCACAUUCUCCUUACAAUUUUCCAAACAUAGCAGAAAGGCAUUUUGCUGAGCAGUUAACUCGAAUGGACCGUGAUGUCUUAAGAAGUAUGGUUGCUCAUCAAUGUUUAGGCGCCGUUUGGUCUAAGAAUAAAAGAGCAGGAUCUGCACCAACAGUCCUCGCUACAAUUGAUCAAUUCAACGCUGUUUCACUAAGAGUUAUCAGUACUGUGAUAUUGGCGAUCAAUUCAGAUAGACCACGUGUUAUUGAAACUUGGAUUGACAUUGCUCAAGAAUUAAGGGUGCUUAAGAAUUUUUCCUCAUUAAAAGCAAUUAUAUCUGGCUUACAAUCCAAUUCAGUAUUUAGAUUAAAAAAAACGUGGCAUUCGGUUCCUCGAGACAAGGUGGAGUUGUUUCAAGAACUUGCACGGAUAUUUAGCGAAGAAAAUAAUCAAUGGGCGCAACGAAAAUUAUUAAUAAGGGAAGGUACUGCGAAAUUUGCUGACACAUUUGGACACAAUGAUAGACAUUUACAAAAAAUUAUUCAAAAGCAGCAUAGUACAAUGAGUAAGUUAAACAUUGGAACUAUACCAUACUUGGGGACAUUUCUAACUGAUUUGACCAUGAUUGAUGCUGCAACUCCUGAUCUCUUGCCUGAUGGUCUAAUUAAUUUUGAUAAAAAAAGAAAAGAGUUUGAAGUAUUAGCUCAAAUUAAACUUCUUCAAGGAGCAGCAAAUUCAUAUAACAUAACUGAAGAUUCGGUAUUUGAUCAGUGGUUUCAUUCAAUUUUAGUUUUGGAUGAUAGAGARGCGUUCAGAAUUUCUUGUCAAAUAGAACCAUCAGAUAAUAUACCAUCAUCAUGUGCUAAUUCAUUAAUAGGAACUGGAAAGAAACAAAAGUAUAUUAAUUAUGAGCAUAAAAAGAAUGAUUCAAUUUCAAGUAAUUGUAGCAGCAAAAGCUUGUAUGGAUUAUCUGAUGAUGGUUUGCACUCACCAAACAACUCUUUAGAUAAACAGGUAAAAAUAAAUACAUCAAUGAUGUGGCACUUGGCCUUAAACUAAAUUAUUAUUGUUAGUUAAUCCUUUAUAUUGUGCUACUCAAUAGAAUAUUUUUUUUUCUUGAUUCCAAAUAUAUGACUAGUAUAUUGGGUAUGUAGAAAUCCCACUGAAUAUGUGAGUAUUAUGAUCCCGGGUCCUAUUAACAAAACAGUAUUUUAUGAACCAAUUGACCUGGUGUACCUUGUAUUGCCAACAGUCAAUGAAUGUAGUAAUACAAUAUAAUAC